AUGAGAAUUAUAGUACAACUCUAUAGCUUGUUGCUGCUAAUAUGCGUACCGGUUUGCGGAGGAUUGCAGUUAGAUGUGAAGUCUAAAGAUUCAAUAUGUGCAGCGACGCAAAAGAUACAGAGGGGUAUUAUGGAUUAUUACUGGGGGAGUACGCCUGGUGGUAUUGUGGGGAUGUUCAUCCAACCGUACUACUGGUGGGAAGCGGGAUUGGUAUUUGCAGGCAUGUUAGAGAACUGGUACUUGUGUGACAACAUGGAGUACAACAGCACGUUAUAUGAGUCGAUGAUUGCUCAGACAGGAGCUAAUUACGAUUAUAUUCCUAGUAACCAGUCGAUGACAGAAGGUAAUGAUGAUCAGGGUAUCUGGGGACUUUUUAUUAUGGGAGCUGUUGAGCGUAACUUCCCCGAUGCACAGAUGGGUAAUGUUCCAGGUUGGCUCACGAUGGCGCAGGCUGUUUUCAAUACGAUGUAUGCCCGGUGGGAUAGCCAGCAUUGUGGUGGAGGUCUCAGAUGGCAGAUAUUUACUUGGAAUCUUGGUUAUGAUUACAAGAAUACCAUUGCGAACGGGUGUCUUUUCCAGUUAGCUGCUAGGCUUGGUCGGUACACUGGGAACUCGACUUAUUUGGAUAUUGCGAAUGAAACGUUUUCCUGGCUUGUUGAUGUAAAGUUCGUCGUGUUGAAAGAUGAAGCAAAUGUUUUCGACGGUGCACAUAUCGGUGACAACUGUCAAGAUAUCAAAGGUAUAGAGUGGACCUAUAACCAUGGUGUCAUCCUUGGUGGUUGCGCAUAUAUGUAUAACGCUACUAAUGGAGAUCCUGUAUGGGAAACCCGUUUGAGACAGAUCCUCGGAGGUGCGCGUGCUUUCUUCUUCAGAAAUAAUAUUAUGUAUGAACGUGCCUGCCAAGAUAACAAAAUCUGUAAUAACGAUCAACGUUCUUUUAAGAGCAUCUUCUCACGUAUGCUGGCUGUGACAAGUGUUCUUGCUCCUUUCACCAGAGAAACCAUAGAUCCAUUGCUCGAGGCUUCGGCUGCGGCUGCGGCUGCCUCCUGUUCAGGAGGUAAAGACGGGGAAACCUGCGGUUUGGAUUGGACCACUGGCAGUUGGGAUGGGUAUUACGGCCUUGGUGAGCAGGCCAGUGCUCUUGAAGUAAUUCAAAAUCUACUGAUCCAUACUAAAGCACCUCCCUUAACUAAAAAUGCCGGUGGAACAAGUAACGGUGAUCCCGGCGCUGGUCUUGGCACACCAAUGGAUAAUGUUCUCCACAGCCGUCUUAACAUUGGCUCCAAAGAUCGUAUUAAAGCCGCACUUAUCACUGCGGUUUGUUUGGGCCUCCUGGUCGGAACUGCUCUUUGGAUGGUCAUCUAA